GACCCAUCAGAGACCAGAUCCUGCUGAACCUGAACCCAGCUAUGUGUCCAUGAAGAGUGUCCGGUUGAUGAAGCCACCACUACUUUAAAAAACAAGGCGACCUGUAAGGGAGAUUACAAUGGAGACAAGUGAGACGGAGCCGAAUUGAAAUGGAGAUGAGGAGAAUUGAAAUGGAGAUGAGGAAACUGGAAAUGGAGAGGAGAAGACUGAGGAUGGUUUUGGGACUGGACUCUGAUGAUUCUGAACCUGAACCCAGCUGUGUGUCCUUAAAGAGUGACCGGUCAAUGGAUCCACCGCUAUUUAUCAAAGGACAUCCAAAGUCAGAGACCUUCAUGGGACCUGAACCUGAACCCAGCUGUGUGUCCUUAAAGAGUGACCGGUCAAUGGAUCCACCGCUAUUUAUCAAAGGACAUCCAAAGUCUGAGACCUUCAUGGGACCUGAGCCUGAACCCAGCUGUGUGUCCUUUAAUAGUGGCCGGUCAAUUGACCCACCGCUAUUUUUCAAAGGACGUUCAAAGUCUGAAGUGGACCAGGACAGCUCAGAGGUUCCCAGUCGUCAGUCUGCCCAGCAGCAUCAAGCAGACCUGGACUCCAUAUUUAUGUUGCUGGAGCAGAACAUCAGCACUUUUGUGAAGAACGAGCUGAAGAAGAUCCAGAAGGUUCUGAGCCCAGAAUGCUUAAAGAGUCAGAGGGAGGAUGAGGAUAAAGAGCAGAGGAGCAGCAGAGAGGCAUUUCUGAAGAUCACACUGGACUUCCUGAGGAGAAUGAAGCAGGACGAGCUGGCUGCCCGUCUGCAGAGCAAAAGUCCAGCAGUUUGUAAACGUAAACUCCAAUCUAACCAGCAGAAGAAGUUCCAGUGUGUGUUUGAGGGGAUUGCUAAAGCAGGAAACCCAACCCCUCUGAAUCAGAUGUUCACAGAGAUCUACAUCAUGGAGGGAGGGACUGCAGAGGUCAAUGAUGAACAUGAGGUCAGACAGAUUGAAACAGCAUCCAGGAAACCAGACAGACCAGAAACAACAAUCAGACAAGAAGACAUCUUUAAAGCCCCACCUGGAAGAGAUGAACCAAUCAGAACAGUGAUGACAAUGGGAGUGGCUGGCAUCGGGAAAACAGUCUUAACACAGAAGUUCACUCUGGACUGGGCUGAAGACAAAGCCAACCAGGACAUCCAGUUCAUAUUUCUAUUCACUUUCAGAGAGCUGAAUGUGCUGAAAGAGAGAAAGUUCAGCUUGGUGGAACUUGUUGAUUACUUCUUUAGUGAAACCAAAGAAGCAGGAAUCUGCAGGUUUGAAGAGUUCCCGGUUGUGUUCAUCUUUGACGGUCUGGAUGAGUGUCGACUUCCUCUGGACUUCCUCAACACUGAGAUCCUGACUGAUGUUACAAAGUCCACCUCAGUGCAUGUGCUGCUGACAAACCUCAUCAGGGGGAAUCUGCUUCCCUCUGCUCGCCUCUGGAUAACCACACGACCUGCAGCAGCCAAUCAGAUCCCUCCUGAGUGUGUUGACAUGGUGACAGAGAUCAGAGGGUUCACUGAGCCACAGAAGGAGGAAUACUUCAGGAAGAGAUUGAGACACAAGAAGCAGGCCAACAGAAUCAUCUCCCACAUCAAGACGUCACGAAGCGUCCACAUCAUGUGUCACAUCCCAGUCUUCUGCUGGAUCACUGCUACAGUUCUGGAGGACGUGUUGAAGACCAGAGAGGGAGGACAGCUGCCCAAGACCCUGACUGAGAUGUACAUCUACUUCCUGGUGGUUCAGUCCAAAGUGAAGAACAUCAAGUAUGAUGGAGGAGCUGAGACAGAUCCACACUGGAGUCCAGAUACCGGGAAGAUGAUCGAGUCUCUGGGAAAACUGGCUUUUGAGCAGCUGCAGAAAGGCAACCUGAUCUUCUAUGAAUCAGACCUGACAGAGUGUGGCAUCGAUAUUAGAGCAGCCUCAGUGUACUCAGGAGUGUUCACACAGAUCUUUAAAGAGGAGAGAGGACUGUACCAGGACAAGGUCUUCAGCUUCAUCCAUCUGAGUGUUCAGGAGUUUCUGGCUGCUCUUCAUGUCCAUCUGACAUUCACCAACUCUGGAGUCAACCUGCUGGCAGGAGAACAAACAACAUCAACAGGUUUCUACCAGAGUGCUGUGGACGAGGCCUUACAGAGUCCAAAUGGACACCUGGACUUGUUCCUCCGCUUCCUCCUGGGUCUUUCACUGCAGACCAAUCAGACUCUCCUACGAGGUCUGCUGACACAGACAGGAAGUAGCUCACAGACCAAUCAGGAAACAGUGGAGUACAUCAAGAAGAAGAUCAGUGAGAAUCUGUCUGCAGAGAGAAGCAUCAAUCUGUUCCACUGUCUGAAUGAACUGAAUGAUUGUUCUCCAGUGGAGGAGAUCCAACAGGCCAUGAGAUCAGGAAGUCUCUCCACAGAUAAACUGUCUCCUGCUCAGUGGUCAGCUCUGGUCUUCAUCUUACUGUCAUCAGAGAAAGAUCUGGACGUGUUUGACCUGAAGAAAUACUCUGCUUCAGAGGAGGCUCUUCUGAGGCUGCUGCCAGUGGUCAAAGCCUCCAACAAAGCUCUACUGAGUGGCUGUAAUCUGUCAGAGAGAAGCUGUGAAGCUCUGUCCUCAAUUCUCAGCUCCCAGUCCUCUAGUCUGAGAGAGCUGGACCUGAGUAACAACGAGCUGGAGGAUUCAGGAGUGAAGCUGAUCUCUGAUGGACUGAAGAGUCCACACUGCACACUGGAGACUCUCAGUCUGUCAGGCUGUCUGAUGUCAGAGGAAGGCUGUUCUUCUCUGGUCUCAGCUCUGAGCUCCAAUCCCUCCCAUCUGAAAGAGCUGGACCUGAGCUACAAUCAUCCAGGAGACUCAGGAUUGAAGCUACUGUCAGCGGGACUGGAGGAUCCUCUCUGGAGACUGGAGAAUCCACUCUGGAGACUGGAGAAUCCACUCUGGAGACUGGAGGAUCCACUCUGGAGACUGGACACACUCCGAGUGGAGCCUGCUGGAGUCAGAUGGUUGACCCCAGGUCUGAGGAAGUAUUCCUGUGAACUCACAGUCGACACAAACACAGCGAACAGAUACCUCGAACUGUCUGACGACAACAGGACGGUGACACGUGUGGAGGAGAAGCAGCCAUAUCCUGAUCAUCCAGAGAGGUUUGACUCCAGGUGGUCUCAGCUGCUGUGUAGAGAAGUUCUGACUGGUCGCUGUUACUGGGAGGUCGAGGUGAGAGGAAAGGUUGAUGUAGCCGUGACUUACAGAGGAAUCAGCAGGAUAGGAGACCGUAACGACUGUUUGUUUGGAUAUAAUGAUCAGUCCUGGAGUCUGAACUGCUCUGAUGAUGGUUACUCUGUCAAUCACAAUGACAGAAGAACAUACAUGUCCUCCUCUAUCUCUAUCUCUGAUAGAGUAGGAGUGUAUGUGGACGUUCCUGCUGGCUCUCUGUCCUUCUACAAAGUCUCCUCUGGCUCACUGAUCCACCUCCACACCUUCAACACCACAUUCACUCAGCCUCUCUAUCCUGGUCUUAUGUUGUGGGGUGGUCCUGGAGACUCAGUGUCUCUGUGUUCUUCUGGAGUCGGAUGGUUGACACCACAUCUGAGGAAGUAUUCCUGUGAACUCACACUGGACACAAACACAGCGAACAGAUACCUCGAACUGUCUGACGACAACAGGACGGUGACACAUGUGGAGGAGAAGCAGCCAUAUCCUGAUCAUCCAGAGAGGUUUGACUCCUGGUGGUCUCAGCUGCUGUGUAGAGAUGGACUGACUGGUCGCUGUUACUGGGAGGUCGAGGUGAGAGGAAAGGUUGAUGUAGCCGUGACUUACAGAGGAAGCAGGAAAGGAGACCGUUACAACUGUUUGUUUGGAUGUAAUGAUCAGUCCUGGAGUCUGAACUGCUCUGAUCAUGAUGGUUUUGUUGGUUACUCUGUCAAUCACAACAACAGAAGAACAUUCAUCUCCUCCUCUCUCUCUAUCUCUGAUAGAGUAGGAGUGUAUGUGGACGUUCCUGCUGGCUCUCUGUCCUUCUACAAAGUCUCCUCUGACUCAAUGAUCCACCUCUACACCUUCAACACCUCAUUCACUAAACCUCUCUAUCCUGGGUUUAUGUUCUGGGGUGGUCCUGGAGACUCAGUGUCUCUGUGUCCUCUGAAGGACGGAGAGUCUCCUCCUGUUUCUCACUGCUGAUCAGUUGAGUCUGAACAGGAUCACACUCACAGAAACAUUUCAGAUUAUUGUUAUAAACUGAAUGACCUUUGUAUAAAAUAAUUCAGAAUGAUUGAACAUUGUAAACUUCUUCCACUUCCAGUCCUUUAAAGAUGGAAGCUGUGAUCAUUAAAUUGUAGAAAUGCAAA